CUUUGGAUUGGCGCCACAAGUUACUGGAUUUAGGCUACAAACCCCUUUCUCAAAAAAGUUUGGAAGCUACCGCUGCAAAGGCUUUACCUUACUCUGCUCAAUGUAUUCAGUAUUUAUCAUCAUCACCUAACCUAAGGAUGCUUAAAUCAAGCUUCAUUACCCUUCUCUCAACUUUCCCCACAAAAUCCAAAACCACAAAACUCAUCUCCUCCCAGACAAUCAACAACACUCUUUCUCACACUCCACAACCUGUUCAACAAAAUGCCUCACCCAACCUCACCACCAUCACCGCCACAAUUCCAACUUCUGCUUAUAUUCACCUUCCUUUCUGCAGAAAACGCUGCCACUACUGUGACUUUCCUAUUGUUGCUCUCGGUUCUUCCUCAGGUUCAACUCAAACCAGUCACGACGACGACCCACGUAUAUCAAACUACAUUCGCUUGCUCUGUAGAGAAAUUAAUGCUACAAAACUAGGAUGUAACACCAAGCCGCCUCUUGAAACUGUGUUUUUUGGAGGUGGCACCCCGUCUCUAGUGCCGCCAAGGCUUGUUUUAUCGAUUUUGGAUACGUUGAGGGCGAAGUUUGGCUUGAAUUUGGAUGCUGAGAUAUCUAUGGAAAUGGAUCCUGGUACCUUUGAUGCUACUAAAUUGAAAGAGUUGAUGGAGUUGGGUGUGAACAGAGUGUCUUUGGGAGUUCAAGCAUUUCAAGAUGGCUUGUUAAAGUCUUGUGGUAGAGCACAUGGGGUUAAGGAGGUGUAUGAGGCUAUAGAGAUUGUUAAAUCAUGCGGGGUUGAAAAUUGGAGUAUGGAUCUUAUCUCUUCUCUCCCUCACCAGACGCCUGAAAUGUGGGAGGAGAGUUUGAGGUUAACUAUUGAAUCGCAACCUGAUCAUGUAUCAGUAUAUGAUUUGCAAGUUGAACAGGGCACAAAAUUUGGAAUAUUGUACACACCAGGAGAGUUCCCUCUGCCGUCAGAAACACAAUCUGCCAAUUUCUAUCAAAUGGCAUCCAGUAUGCUUUCUAGUGCUGGUUACAACCAUUACGAAAUAAGCAGUUACUGUAAAAACGGAUUUGAGUGCAAGCACAAUUUUACGUACUGGAAGAACAAGCCCUUCUAUGGUUUUGGUCUUGGUUCUGCCAGUUAUCUUGGUGGAUUGAGGUUUUCAAGACCAAGGAAGAUGAAAGAAUUUGUGGAUUAUGUGCAAAAUUUGGAGAAUGGCGUGGUCGAUUGCUGUGGGAGUAAUCAAAUUGAUGCAAAGGACUUGGCUAUGGAUGUGGUGAUGCUAUCCCUUAGAACUGCAAGAGGCCUUGAUUUGAAGUCAUUUGGGGAAGUGUUUGGUCGCCCUGCUGUUCACUCUCUUUGCAGGGCUUACAAACCUUACAUGGAAAGUGGGCAUGUUGUUUGCUUGGAUAAGCAGAGAAGCGCAGUAACUGUAGAGGAAUUCAACACCUUGAUAUUAAGUGAAAAUGAAAUUGGGAAUGGACUAGCUUACAUUCGGCUCAGUGAUCCAGAAGGUUUCCUUUUGUCAAAUGAAUUGAUAUCCCAUGCAUUUGGAGUCAUAGAUCCUUGAGAACCCCUGCCUGACACCUCAUGCUAUUUCAAAGUGAUUAUUGCCUAUGCCGCUAGCUGUGGAGGAUGGGCAGUUAUAUAAAGAAUCACUGCAUUUUCUUAGGUGAUCAUUUGUUUGGUGUUAAUGAUGAGAAUUGGACUCCUCCAUAGCCAUAAUCAAUUAUCAAUGAUGACAAAGAAACUUCAGAUGGACAAACUGUAUAAGGUAUGUAGCUGCAUUGAGAUGAGCUGGACAAGAAAUAAUCACAUCUCAAAAUAGAUAUGGAAACUAUGAAAGCUUAUUCACAAGCCCGUUGUUGUAAUCUAUAAAAGAAGAGUUUUGAGAAUGAUCACAAGCUGUAUCUUUAUAAGAAUUACAAAACAGGACGAAUUGAUGAUUGCCUGAACUCUAUGGGCGAAUUUUGGUACUGUGACCUAUUACUUAGUUUUGGUUCAGUGUCACUGCAUCUACUGAGAUUGUUUAUCUUGCAAUUGCAUCACAAUUCUAGUCAUUGAAAGAAGUUCUGAGAUAACAGCUAAUUGGCUUUGCAAUUCCUAUGGACGAUCAUAUUUAUGACAUUUGAUAAUGGAUGUAAAUGAAGAAACCUUUUUUGAUGUAGGAUGCUUCUAUGUCUUCAUCAUAUUGAGUUUAUAAUUCAUGGGAACAUCAUCAUAAUUUUUUUAUGAAGAUAACUUUAAGCAUGGUCUCAUUUCAGCAAAACUACAACAUUAAUUUUUAUUGUCAGUGAAAACCUAUGUAAUGCUUUACUUUUUAUGGAAGAUUUUUCCUG